GAUGUCAACGUCUAGAAAUAAUGCCUGUCGGUCCAAACUUAGCCGAAACCCCUAGAUGUGCGAAAAUCAGAAAAUUAUCUGAGACCUUCAUAUAUGUUUUGCUGCUAUUUUUUGUUUACCCCAUUUGGCACAAAAAUGAUGAGAUUAUUUUCCAGAAAUACCUGCAGGAUUUUAAUAAGUCCUAUGAAAAUGAUACAGUAUAUCAACAGAGAUUUAAAGCAUUUAAGCAAUCUUUAGAAAACAUUGAAAUAUUGAACACCAACCGAUCCAAUGAUUCUGCAACAUAUGGACUGACCAAAUAUUCAGAUUUAUUUCCUGAAGAAUUCUACAACUCAAAACUCAUUUUAAAACUACCUGACUAUAUAAGUAACAAUUAUACCAAUAAGAAAUCAGCUAAUAAUCGUACUGCGAAAAAACGUUCCCUACAUAAAGUUAUUCCAAAAAAACUAGAUUACAGAAAAAAAGGUGUGCUUAGCGAAGUUCAAACACAAGGUUCCUGUGGGGCAUGCUGGGCAUUUUCUGUGAUAGGAAUUAUUGAGACUAUGAAUGCACUAAAAAGAGACAAAUUCACCAAAUUGAGUGUCCAACAAAUGAUAGACUGCUCGGAGUUCAACUAUGGCUGUGAUGGUGGAGAUAUUUGUUCUUUACUAAAUUGGUUAACAUCGUUUAAUGUCAAGAUACUUCCAGAGAAAAUAUAUCCUCUUACUUGGGAGACGCAAAAUUGUAAACUACUUGAUGAUGACGAGGAUGGAGUUCAAGUUGAGGAUUUUGGAUGCGACAGUUUCGAAAACGAGGAAGACAUCAUGCUUUACCUUCUUGCAAAUUUGGGGCCUCUUGCAGUUAGUAUUAACGCCCAAAGUUGGCAGCAUUAUAUAGGAGGAGUCAUACAGUACCAUUGUGACGGCAACAUGUUAGAGUUAAAUCACGCUGUACAAAUUGUCGGCUAUGAUUUAACUACUCCUGUUCCCUACUAUAUUGUCAAAAACUCAUGGGGUACAGAUUUCGGCGAUGAAGGGUAUUUGUACAUAGCCAUUGGAAACAAUAUAUGUGGCCUGGCACACGAAGUGGCCUCAGUAAUAGUUCUGUGAUCUACGUAAUUGUUGAGAUUUGUUUUAAAAUAAUUUAUAUAUAAUUAUAUAUUUUUAAGCAACUAUUUUUGUAUAGAAUAUGGAAUAAAGUUUUAUUAAGUUUU